GGGAAGUCCCAGCUCUACUGGAGGUAACGAUCCCUCUUCGUCGAAUCAUUUUCUUCCUCAACUGGAGAGAGAGCGGCUAGUGCGAUCUGCAUCAAAUAUUCAAACUUUUUGGCCCUAAUCUCGCCGCAAUCCCAAUUUUGUACGGUUUGAUCGAAACCCAGAUAAUUGGUGGACGAUGAUGGAAUCUAGUGAAAAAACUGGGGUUUCAAGUAAAUCCAAGCACUUCACCGUUGUGGAAUCGAGUUAUUCUCUCCGUAAAACCCCAGCUCGAGCAAAUUCCGCACCCAAACCCAGUUCCAUCCCUAAGCAAAAUAAUUCUUCGGACGUGUUGAAAUCUCAAGCUGAUGAAAGCCGGAAUUCUCUACCGAGGAGAUACCCGUCUCGUGUUCGAGUCUCUGCUGUGCAGAAUUCAAGAUCUGGCAGGCCUAAAACGCCUUUAAUAAGAAGAGAUGAAAAAGAAGUAGUAGUGUCUCAAGAAAGCAGUAAUCGGAAAAGAGUUAAAAGAACAUUGAAUGAGUUUCGAAGAAUAUAUACGAAGCUAAUUGAAGAAGAGGAGAAGCAACCUGGAGACACAUCGAGGCCUGAUCUCGUGGCUUACAAUCGUUACAAGGAGAAAAGAAGAGGACCUGAGAGUGCCAAUAAGUGUUUGGGGGCUGUAGAGGGUGUUGAAAUUGGGGAUAAGUUCGAAUUCAGGAUUGAGCUCUUUUUGGUUGGCUUGCAUCAUCGUCUAUUGGCCAAUAUUGAUUACUUUAUGAAAGAUGAAAGGUUGGUUGCUACUAGCAUUGUUAUUUUUCUCAAUGGGAGGUAUAGCAAUUAUGUGCGAUCAUCUGGUGGUAUUUUGGUGUGUCGUGGUAGUGGGAAGGAGAAUAAGGAUCAAAAUAUGGAGGAUGGCAACUUUGCACUCAAGAACAGUAUCAGUGAGAGGAAUCCAGUUAGGGUUAUUCUCGGUUUAAAUGGAAGGAAGAGGACGUAUGUUUAUGGUGGGUUGUAUUCAGUUGAGAAACAAUGGAGAAGGAAAGACAAUCAUAGUUGUAAGGUGUUUUUGUUUCAGUUGAGGAGGUUAGAGGGACAAGCCAUACUCGACAUCAAAGACAUUAUGAAGUGCACAAGCCAAGAGUUUCAUUCUUUAGUUCACGGUCCUUCUCCUUCAGAGACCUGCAAAAUUAGAACUAAACUGGAUGUUGAUGAAGUUACAAGUUGUCUUGCUAAGAGUGGGAGAGAGGAAGAAGAAGAAGUAAUGUCUCAAGAAACCGAUAGUCGAAAAAGAGUUAAGCAAAUAUUGGGUGAGUUUCGGGGGAUAUAUGCUAAGCUAAAAGAAGAAGAGAAGCAGGUGGGACAUAUAUCAAGGACUGAUCUUGUGGCUUACAAUCGUUUCAAGGAGAAAAGAAAAGAAUUUCAGAGUGUUAGUGGGUUUUUGGGGGCUGUACAGGGUGUUGAAAUUGGGGAUAAGUUCGAAUGCAGGAUUGAGCUAUUCUUGGUUGGCAUGCAUUGUCAUCAAGCCAAUAUCGAUUAUGUUAUGAAAGAUGAGAGGCCAGUUGCUAUUAGCAUUGUUAUUUUUCUUACGGGCAAAUUUAGCAACUUUGUGCGUUCAUCUGGUGAUAUUUUGCUGUGUCGAGGUAGUGGGAAGGAGAAUAAGGAUCAGAAGAUGGAGGACGGCAACUUGGCACUCAAGAACAGUAUCAGUGAGAAGAUGCCAAUUCGAGUUAUUCUUGGUUUUCAUGAUAAGAAGAAGACAUAUGUUUAUGGUGGGUUGUAUUCAGCUGAGAAAUAUUGGAGCAAGAAAGGCAAUCAUAGUUGUAAGGUGUUCUUGUUUCAGUUGAGGAGGUUAGAGGGACAAGCCAAACUGGAAAUCAAAGACGUUAUGAAGUUGAUAAAUUCCUCAUCGGAUCCUUCCAAAUGUACAAGCCAAGAGUUUCAUGCUUUAGUUCGUAGGCCUUCUCCUUCAGAGAACUGCAAAAUUAGUAGUCAAUUGGAUGUUGUUGAAGGUACAAGAUGUCUUGGUAAGAGAGGGAGAGAGGGAGAAGAAGAAGAAUCUCAAACUAAUGGAGCUGAACCUGAUAGUCGGAAGAGAGUUAAACAAACCUUACAAGAUUUUCAAUCAAUAUAUGAGAAGCUGGCAAAGGAAGAAGAAAUCAAUCAGAAAAAAGUACCAGGGAUAAGGUCAAGGUUAGAUUUAGAUGCUUAUAAUCUUUACAAGGACAAAAACAAAGAAUGGAGCAAUCUAACAAGGCACUUGGGAGCUGUACCAGGUGUUGAAAUAGGCGAUAGUUUUCGCUUUAGAGUUGAAUUGACCUUGCUUGGCCUCCAUUGUCAACUCCGUGACAUAGAUUAUAUUAGAAAAGACGGAAAGUUAAUUGCUGUUAGUACUGUUUCCCUCCACUUGAGGCCGUACGCUAAUAAUUUGUGCAACUCAGAUAUUUUAUCAUUUUGUGGUAAUGGGAUGCCGAAUAGAGACCAGACGAUGAUCAAAGGAAACUUGGCACUGAAGAACAGUAUUGAUGCCAAAACACCUGUUCGAGUUUUUCAUGGUUUCAAGGUUAAAAACAAGUCUUAUUUUUAUGUUUACUGCGGGCUCUAUCUCGUUGAGAAAUGGUGGAGGAGGAAAGAUCAUAAUGGCCACAAUGUCCUUAUGUUUCGGUUGAGAAGGUUGCCAGGACAAGCUAAGCUCGAUUUCCAAGACAUCAAUAAGUCAUUGAGCUUGAAACCAUACUCUGCUCCGAAGCUCACUGAAGAUUUUUCAAAGGGAAAAGAGAAAUUGCCUAUCAGCGUAGUGAAUACUGUCGAUGAUGAACACUUAUUACCCAUUGAAUACAUAACUGAGGUGAUUUAUCCGUUGAAUUAUAGCUUGACUCCUUUAGAGGGGUGUAAUUGUGUUGAUGGAUGCUCAGAUUCUGACACAUGUGCGUGUGCUGUGAGAAACGGAGGGGAGCUUCCUUUUAAUAGAAAAGGUGCAAUUGUGGAAGCAAAACCUCUAAUAUAUGCAUGUGGUCCUUCUUGCAAAUGUCCACCGUCAUGCCAUAAUAAACCAAUUCAACACGGGAUCAAAUUUCCACUAGAGAUAUUCAAGACCAAGACUAUGGGUUGGGGGGUUCGUUCACAGGCUUUUAUUCCUUCUGGAAGCUUCAUCUGUGAAUAUGUUGGCGAGUUGCUAGAGGACGAAGAAGCUCAGAAAAGGAUGACCGAUGAGUAUUUAUUCGCUAUUGGGAAUAAUUACUAUGAUGAGUCUCUUUGGGAGGGCCUCUCUUCUGUGCCUUGCUUACAAAAAAGCGCUUCAAAUGAAGCCGAGGAGGAUGGGGGUUUUACACUUGAUUCUUCUAGGUAUGGGAAUGUUGGAAAGUUUAUCAAUCACAGCUGCACACCAAACCUUUAUGCUCAGAAUGUCCUCUAUGAUCAUGAUGACAAGAGAAUGCCACAUGUUCUGUUUUUUGCUUGUGAGGAUAUUCCCCCAUUGCAGGAACUUACAUAUCAUUACAAUUAUAUAAUAGACGACGUCCAUGAUUCUGAUGGUAACAUAAGGAAAAAGGAAUGCUACUGUGGCUCCAUAGAAUGCACUGGGAGAUUGUACUAAGGCUUCUUUAUCAGACCUGAGUUUUGUUCGGUUCCAGGUUAUGAUCUAACCUACCAUGAAUUUGAUCUAACGUACAUGAAUUUGAAGACGGAUUGAGAAACUUGUAUUGUUUAGUGUUAAAUUUUGUAGACCGUUACCAUUACCAGUGAAGUCACUGAUCUCAUGUUGUUGAAGGAAGUAGCUGUACCUUAUUUUGGUAUUAA